UGUUGUGUUGAAGCAGCAGGCUCUUCUUUUCUGCCGCCGAAAAGGGCUUCCGAUCCUACUGCAAUGCCGCAGCCGCGCCGCCUCUACGACGACUCCGACGCCGUUCCCGGAGAAGGAGAUGCAUUCCGAUGCCGUCGGAGCGACGGCAAAAAAUGGCGCUGCCGCAAGCGCGUCAUGGACGGCCUUAGCUUCUGCGAGUACCACUACGUCCAGAUCCGGGCCAACCUCGAGAGGCACAAGGCCUCCGCCGCAAAUCCGCGAAAUCGCGCGAGGAAGGCGGAAGCACCGGCGGAGGAGGAUCCGAUCGCGGCCGCGCCGAAGCGGCGGCGGGUGAAACCGGCGGCGGAGAAAGAGAGGCAGAAGGGGGAGGAGGAGGACAAGGAGGCCGGGACGACGAGGGUUCUUCCUAAUGGAUUGAUGACCAUCGUCGCCACCACGUCUCCUUCUGGUGGUCACGGGGGCUACGAGAGCGGCUCCGUAGGCCCCAAGGUAGGGUUUGACGAAGGCCGCUUGCUCACCAGGCGGCGCAUUCGUUCCAAGAACGCGGAGCCGAUUCCGGUGGCGACGAUCAAGAAAAUUCCUUGUGGAAAGAAGAGGAUCUGCCACAGUUGUAGAGAGAAGAACGUAUUGGGCAUGGUCCGGUGUUUAAGCUGCAGGAAGAGGUCAUUUUGCUCUCGUUGCUUAAAGAAGAGGUACUCUGGUAUGCUCGAAAAGGAAGUGAAGACUGCCUGCCCGGUUUGCCGGGGUUGUUGUGAUUGCAAAGCAUGUUCAAGUAUUCGACCUAACGAUGACCGGAAGGAACUUGUGAACGGUCAGAUGAAAUUUAAGAAGAGGGAGCACACCAACUGCCAUGAGAUUUCUCAAAUACAAGAACCUACAAAUGAUCAGAACAAAAAUAAGAACACUGAGCACGCAUAUAACCUGAUCUCUCAACUGCUUCCCUUGCUGAAGAACAUAUAUCUAAACCAGUUAAAUGAGCUGGAGAUGAUAGAACCACAUCGAGAGGUUGGUUUUUCUGGCAUAAGUCUUCAAGUUGAUGAGCCUCACAAUGGAAUUGCCAAGUGUAAUUGUUGCAGGAUUUCACUUGUGGAUUUUCACAGAAGCUGCUCAGGAUGCUCUUACAAGCUUUGCUUAAGUUGUUACCAGAAGAUACCUAAUGAAACUGCUUCCCCGGCACACGCAAGUGACUCUCCUUAUGAGAUGAAGCAGAUUCUAUCCACAGGUGUGCCGUCGGAUAACUCAUCCCUAUCGACCAUCAAAUCCGGAAGCAAGGAGGGUGAGCAAAGCCUCUCCUGCCCUCACACACAGCUCGGAGGCUGCAGUAAUGGUCUUCUCAAAUUAAACUUCAUCAUGCCAUUUUGUUGGUCUAAAUAUCUCCGGAAAACUGUCGAAGAUGCGGCGGCAUUCAGCAGCGAUCGCCCUCAUGGCUUGCACCCUCCUCCUUGUUGUUCAGAUCAAAAGAUUGGGCAAUUUAGUAUUAGCCUGCAAGAAGCUUCUCACCUAUGAGAGUUCUUUUGUUAAAUUGUAGUUAGCAUGUAGAUCCUCUUCUCCCAAAAGACACUUUGAGAUUCUGCUGAUAGAUCCUUCUUCUCCUCUUUUA